GGAACAUCAGAACAGAUGGGUUGCAUGAAAGUCUCAACCACGCUAGAGAAGAUCCUCAUCGUUCUGUUUGUGCUCCUGACUGCAGUCUGCAUCGGAUUAGUUGUCGUCUAUGUCGUUGAGAAGAACAACUCGAAUAAAAGUCAAGGAGAGGAUGGGAUCGAAACGGGCUGUGGGAGUUUGCUGGAGCUCAAUGCGGAGUCGGGGGGAUUCUCCAGUGGGAAUUACCCCAGCAGUUAUGACAGUGGUAUGAGCUGCAGCUGGCGCAUCACGGUAGAAGCCAAUAAGGUGAUUCAUUUGUGGUUUGAAGACUUCUCUGUUGAAGACUCUGGAUCUUGUGAUGCAGAUUUUGUCACCCUCAAGGAUGAAUUGGGAAUCAUCGGGAAGUACUGCGGCUAUUCCACACCUAAGCCCAUUGUGUCCGUAGGAAACAGCAUUUCUGUGUAUUUUGACAGCAAUGACAGACACACAGAGAAAGGAUUCAAAGCGAAGUACCGCGCUGUGGCCCCUGAGACGACAGCAGAAAUAGUUGGGGCUGGUGGUGUUCUUCAAGGUGACCGUGGGGAGCUGUUGACCCCUGGCUUUCCAGAGCAGAAUUAUGAGAAUGGAGCCCUGUAUCAGUGGAAAAUACAGGUGCCUGAUGGGGAACGUGUCCGUCUAACAUUCACAGCCUUCGACCUUGUCCCAGAGUCCUGUGGCGAUUUUGUUGACGUCUAUGAUGGUGCCUCAGAUGGUGGUGCCCAGCUGGGUCGUUUCUGUGGAAACACGAUCCCAGCUCCCGUCGUCUCUGGCGGCAGUAGCAUGGUGGUUCGUUUCAAAUCUGAUUCGAGCCAGAGUGCUAAAGGAUUCAGCGCUGUAUACACCGUAACCAGUGCUCUACCGGUUACAACCGUUUCUACAACUACCACCAAUACCACAACUACCUGGCCAACUAGCACCACAUUACCUACAACUGCCUCGACAGAUUCUGGCUGCGGAUCUCCUGGGAAGUUGUUUGGACGUAAAGGUCAGAUGAACUCCAUGAACUAUCCUCGGGCUUAUCCGGCCAACCUGCGCUGCUCGUGGGACAUCACAGUAGAUGAAGGCUUACUUGUGAAACUGCACAUCACUGAUCUUGCUGUUGUGGGUGAAGCAGGCCAGUGUGGUGAUGAUAAACUCACAGUUUCUGAUAGUCAGCAGUCACUUGGCACACACUGCGGCUUCGUUCUUCCCCCUGUUCUAGUCAGCGUCAGUAACAAAAUGUGGCUCAGUUUUCAAUCUGAUGCUCGACUGGCCGACCGUGGCUUGUCUGCCAAAUGGGAGGCUGUGUAUCCAGAGGACCUUGCAGAUAUCCAGGGAUGUGGAGGUUUCUCUCAGGAGGAGACAGGAAUCAUCAGAUCUCAGAACUGGCCCCUGAACUACCCGGCUAACAGCAUGUGCCUGUGGAUUAUACGUAGUCCAGAAGGAAAGACGAUUAAAUUGACGUUCACCGAUUUUGACGUGGAAGCGGGGGGCAUCUUAUUAGGCAGAUGCUAUGACAACGUGGUCGUCUACGACGGGACGCAGCCAGGAGCGAAAAAAUACGGUCCCUACUGUGGCACCAAAAUGCCUGGGGUCAUUGAAAGCACAUCAAACGAAUUGGUGAUACGUUUCUAUACCGACUUUUUCACAGAGGCCAAAGGUUUCCGAGCACAUUGGACCACUGAUACGACGCUGCCCACCCCCACGGAUCCUCCAGUGCCACCCAACCCAUGGGACGACAUCACUAUAGAUUGGCCCGAGAGCUGCGGGAAGCCUGCGAUCCCUCCUGCCGUCAACACUCGAAUAGUAAAUGGAGAGCCUGCCAAAGCUCAUUCCUGGCCCUGGCAGGUGUCUAUGCAGGUUUGGCCUGAAUCUCAGCCUUCACCUACAUUCUUUCAUACAUGCGGAGGAACUCUCAUCCAUAAGAACUGGGUUAUGACAGCGGCUCAUUGCUUCAUCAGAUAUGCGGAUGAACUGCACCGCUGGAAGAUGUGUUUGGGGAAACACAACCUGACCUUCUCCGAGCCGAAUGAGCAGUGUUUUAACGUGCUCGGCAUCUAUCGACACGAGGGCUUCCGGUACCCAAAUGUGCCCACGGUGGAGUUCGACGUCGCUCUGGUGCGACUGGAUGGGGAAGCUACGGCCACUGACUUUGUUAAUUUCGCCUGUUUGCCUUCUGUGGAGGAGGUCCUGCCUGGAGGCAAAGCAUGCUAUGCCACUGGCUGGGGCGAUGAAACAGGUAACUCCACGGCUCCUAAAGUAGCCGAGGCAUUGAAUCAGGUAGCCCUGCCUGUUGUACCUUAUGACACGUGUAAGCGCAUGGACUACUGGUGGUUUCAGGUGAAGCCCUCCAUGAUCUGCUGUGGUUACACUUUACCUGAUGAGCUCAAGUCUGUGUGCCAGGGUGACUCAGGUGGACCCCUGGUUUGUCAGGACAGCCCCUCGUCCCCAUGGGAGGUGCAUGGCAUCACCAGCUUUGGCCCUAUUGGCUGUAUCAUGGACAAAAAGCCCAGCGUGUUCACACGUUCUUCCGCCUACCUGGACUGGAUCGAAAACAUCAUUCGCAAAGAUAUCUAUAAUCUCAUCAGUUCUGGGUGUGGAGGACUAAAAGAUCUGAUUGGCGUUGAGGGUACUCUGUCAUCUAUGAACUAUCCAGACAGUUACAGUAAUGGAGCUUCGUGCCAGUGGAACAUUCGUGUGCCUGCAGGGAACAACGUCCACCUUCACUUUAGCAACUUCUCCCUGGAGGACACCACGCUGUGCCUGAACGACAAACUCACGCUCAGUGACAACAUCGGCACAUUAGGUACCCACUGUAGCACAACUCCACCGAGAGAUCUGGUCACGGCUGGCGACACACUGUCUGUCAGUUUCUCCUCCAACAACAAAGUUGUGGACUUGGGGUUCAGUGCCCAAUGGAAAGCAGUUAAUUCUUCUGACACCGAAACCAUUAUUGGUUGCGGUGGAUACUUCACCAGUCAGCAGGGGGAGUUACAGUCCCCCAAUUGGCCCAAAGAAUAUCCAAACCAAGCUGUGUGCACCUGGACUAUCAACAUUCCUUCUGCCAAGACCAUCUAUAUUGAGUUUACUCACUUUGAACUGCAGUCGGUUAGCCUGCUGGGACAGUGUGUGGAUUAUCUGGAGAUCUUUAAUUCCUCUGGGUUAUCAGAAGGCAAAUUCUGCGGCAUUGUUCCACCAUCUCUAAGUAUUCAUGGAGAAAGAGUCACCAUACGCUUUCUUAGUAACGCCGCUGGGCAAGAAAAAGGUUUCCGGGGGUACUGGACCACCGAUCCCGAUGUUAUUCCAACCAUACCACCCAAUCCAUGGAAUGACAUAAUUAUCACUUGGCCUAAAGUUUGUGGGACUCCAGCUAUUGCCCCCAACGCCUCUGUUAGUAGGGUGGUGAAUGGUAUUGAUGCCAGACCUCACUCGUGGCCAUGGCAAGUGUCCAUGCAGGUCCGUCCAUAUGUUUUCAUACCAUUCCAGCAUGUUUGUGGAGGCUCACUCAUCCAUGAGCAAUGGGUGCUCACUGCCGCUCAGUGCUUUAUACAAUAUUCGUCUCCUAAUGUUUGGCAGAUGUGCCUUGGCAAACAUCACAUGAACUCUAGUUUGGACGGUCCCACUGAAGUAUGCGUAUCUGUCGAUGCAAUAAUUUCUCACGAGGACUUCAUCUACCCGCCGAACAAUGAUGUCACAAAUGACAUCGCCCUGGUGCGACUGGCAAAACCUGUGACCAUGACACCCCAGAUCAGCCCUGUUUGCCUGCCCAAUCCUGAGUCCAUCAUGCCCGCUGGGCAUAUUUGUUAUGUAACAGGCUGGGGUGAUGAGAAAGGAAGUUUAUUUCCCGUGGUGGCACAGAAGCUAAAUCAAGCCUCCCUUCCCAUUGUGCCGUAUGAGACAUGCAGCAAACCCGAGUCCUGGGGGCAGAGCGUCCAACCCUCCAUGAUCUGCGCUGGUUAUGAAUCACCUGAUGAACUCAAGUCUGCUUGCAAGGGUGACUCAGGUGGGCCGUUUGUGUGCAAGCAGACAGGCAGUGAUUGGGAAGUGCACGGCGUGGUGAGUUUCGUGCCUGUGGGGUGCAUCAUGGAUAAGAAGCCCUCGGUGUUCACUCGUGUCUCGGCCUUCAAUCACUGGAUAGAGGACAAUAUCAAGCGGUACAUCUAUGAGAACACGCCGACUAGUUGAACCACAAAAUUCUAAAUGGAAAGACGGGGGAAACUCUUAGGAGUAAAGGUGCUAUAUGAUGCCAAAAAAGAGACCAUUUUGGCCUGUAGGGUUCCAUAAAGAACCUUUUUAAGUGUUUAAUGCACUUAUGAAGCGACAUAAGAAAGGACAAAUGGUUAUCAUCUCACCAAGAGUGAAAGAAUAGGACAGAGUUAAAAACAUUUGUAAUUACAGAGUUGUAAAGCAAAUUUGUAAUGACAUUUGGUGAAUAGUUUUUCAUUCCUUAAACUGUCGAAACAAUUUUUUGUUAAUGCAUAACUCAAAACUUUUAAAAAAUCUGGA